CCGUCAUCCUCCAGCCGACUGCCAGAUCGCGACCAUGGGUGCACCGAUGAUGGACGAGACGCGCGCCGGGACCACCCCCAAGGGCGGCAAGCCCGUCCUCGUCGCGCAGGCGCCCAUGCCCCGCUUCGCCUUCGUGGACGAGUCGAUCGAGUGCACGCUCGUGAUCGAGCACUACGACCUGUUGCCCAAGCAAAGCGACGGCGGCCUCUCGCUGCCAUUCCAGGUGGCGCUGGUGCACGAAGACACGAAGCUCACGACCGAGACAUCGUCGCAUCUCACGAUUGACCCGACGACGCCUCUCAUCUUUACCUCUGAGACGUGCACCUUCCGCUUCUCGCUCCAGCACGUGCUGCGCAACAUGUGCCUCCGCUGCUUUGUGCCGUCGACGGAUUGUACGUCGCUGGCCACGCUCACGUCGCCCUUCUCGAUCGUCAAGGAAAAACUCGUCGUGUCGGAGCAACCGCCCGACGUCUGGUUCAAGGACGAGGGCGGGAAGGACAAGAAGAUCUGCGUCCAAGUCAACGUGCAGGCGGCGCCGGGCCACAGUGUCAUUGACCGCGUGAUUCCGCUGACGCUGCAGCUGCUGUACGACUCGGGCGAGCCCGUGCCCAACGCGUCCGUGCCCAGCGUCAACACGGCGGCGAGCAUCCUCAAGCUGUACCCGGACCUGCCGCCGCACAUCACCAACGGCCACGUCAAGCUCGAAUUCCGCAUCGAGGAUGUGUCCAAGAACCACCAGAACCACUGCUUUCUCCUCCGCAUUGCGCCGCAGUCGUCCAACGUCUACGAGGACUUGGCGGCUGUCGACACGCAGCCGGUCGCCAUCCGCUCCAAGCGCAACAAGCGCCGCUUGAGCUCGCUCAAGUCGCCGUCCAACAUGGGCGGCAUGACGGGCAUGUCGCCAUCGUGCCAGCGCCCGCGCAUGAUCCCGACGCCGACGCACGGCGCGACACCAACUAGCAAUGCGUACACGCCGGGUUCGCGCCGCGCCACGCCCCACAACGUGCCACGACCGCGCAUGACGUGGACCGACACGAUGCAGGAGUGGAAGCUCAUCGGGUAUGAAAUCCACGGCGAUGGCUCGACCAACCACCAGGCGCCGCUCUACCGCUGCGUGAGCUGCCAGCGCUUCUCGGACGCGACCAAGUCGGGCGAGCACGCGCCCACGUGCGGCUUUCUCAAGCACCAGCAGGCGCGCCGCGCGACGCCGCAGGCCCAGAUGUAUGGCCCGUACACGCCGUCCAACUACACGCCGCAGCACCACGCGCAGCAGCAGUUUACGCCGUCGCAUGCCAAUAUGGUGUACACACCGUCGCACGCGGCCUACAACCCGGCGACGGUCGCCGCCGCGUACCAAGCCGCCGCCGUCGCCGCCGCCGCCGCCUACACGCCGACGAACGCCGCGAGCAUGAGCUACAACAACAUGCAAGCGUACACGCCAUCGUCGGCGCAGCAGGCCUUCACGCCGUCGGCCGCCGCUUCGAACCUGCCCAACAACAACAACAACAACAACAACAACGCAGUCCUCAAGACCGAGAAUAUCUUUCUGCAGACGGAGCGCGAGCCGGAGCCCGAGACGCGUGAGGCCACCGAUAUGAUGAUGACGGACCUUACCAUGGACGGCCUCAUGAACACACCAACGACCGAGACGGACGCCACCGACUGGUCCUUCAACACGCUCAACAUGGCAUCCACGUCGACGGCGGCAACGACGUCAUCGCUCUUCGCAGGCUCGACGCCGCCGAGCGACGAGCAGUACGUUUCGUUGAUCCUCGCGCAGAUGCAAGUCGACAUGCACGGACAAAAGAUGGGCCUGCCUGCCUUCAAUCAGUUUCAGCAACUCGUCGGCUUCUACAAGGAGACAACCGACAACCUGUCGCAGACCCAAGUGCUUUUCAGCCCGCUCUCGGACUUUCCGCUCUGCAACAGUCCGGCCGUGGCGUCGAACCUCGAGACGGCCAUGCAAUAUUCGCCGGGGGCGGUGUUUUUCUUGGCGAAAUGCGUCGGCGGCCUCGGGAAGCUCCAAGAACAAGCGCUCAUGUACUACUGGAGCCAGCAGCAGCAACAACAACAACAACAGCAGCAGCAACAGUCGUCGUUGUUUGCAUCGUAGAGCAUCAACUGUCGUCGUCGCUGCCGUCGUCAUCCCCGCUGCGAACGACCUUCUCCUUGAUCGCGAUGAGUUCGAUGGUGAAGACGAGCGUGGCGUUGCCCGGAAUCUUGGGCGGCCGCCCUAGGCAGUGGUUCGUUUAGUCCUGAUUUUUUCCAUUUAAAUGCAUUUUGUCCAUUUUCAC